UUGUUUACUAGCUUUUUUCUGCCUGAAACACAUCAGAGUGUAGGUAGUGGCAAGAGUAUCUGUACUGGAGUGUCUAAUGGAAACUCCUUGCUGCAGUUCAAACUCUCAGCCUUGCUCCCUGACAUUACAUAAUCAUCCUGAGCAUACUCACAAUGCUUAGGAAAGGGAACCACAUGGGAAAAAAUAGGUGAGGGACUAUAGAAUAUUUAGGUGGUGUUGAUUAAUUCUGGCUGAGUGCUUAUUUUUAACAUUCAACUUACCAGUGGUCAAAAUGACAGUUUUAAUUGUCUGGAAGUGGUAUGGGCAUUCCAAGAAGGAAAGUGUAAUGAAAAGUAAUAAGCACUAACAAGCAAGCAAUGGAAUAGAGGUGGUACAAUAAAUCCAUAGAGCAGUGUGUGCAAUACAGUGGCUUAGAUCUCAGUCAGAUUUAUUUGAAACUAGCUGAACAAAUAAAGUAAAAAUCCAUUCUUAACUUCUCAUAGAACUCUUUGGUCCUUAAGAUUUGGGUAUGUUCUCUAUCUGUUUGGGUUUGGUUUUUUUCUCCUCUUCCACUGGAUGGAUAAUUGAAAUUUCUCACUAGGAUAUUGAGAAUCUAAAUCCUCCUAGAGAAGCUAAGCAACUGGUCUUUGAAGAUGUCUUCCAGCAUAAUGUUUGAAGAGUGAUAGUGCUAGUUUCAGUGAUUGUAAUCAAGUACUUCCUAUAUUGACUUUGCUGUUUACAGGGUUUACUGAUGUCAUUGGUCAUAGAAUCUUAGAAUUGUUUAGGCUGGAAAAGUUUGAGUCCAGCCAUUAACCCAGCACGGUCAAGUGCACCCCUAAAGCACACCUUAAACAGCAUAACUGUAUCAUAGUUCAAAGUUUAUAUGUCUGUGAUAAAAAAAAACCCAAGCCUUAUAAUGGAUUUCCAAAUCUUUCCAUAAGAAAUGUAAGAGAUUGGUAGGGCCGACUACAUAGACAAAAUAGUAGUCCCAGCUUAGUACACAGAAACUUGUCCUUCUCACUUGCACUUUUCUGUGUGCUAGUAAAUUUCAGCAGUUUGUAAAUCCUGCUGUUCAUGGAAGGAUGGAAGUACAACUUUGAGGAGACAAAUGUGAAGGAGCUGAAAAACUGUCCCUCAAAGAACAGUAAGAGCUUAAAUGGUCUCUGAUCACGGAAAAUGCUCUUGUACAGCAGUUAAUUAUUUGUUUGUGUUACAGAAAGCAAUAGACCUUGCUAGCAAGGCAGCACAAGAAGAUAAAGCAGGAAACUAUGAGGAAGCCUUCCGCUUGUACCAACACGCCGUGCAGUAUUUUCUCCAUGUUGUUAAAUAUGAAGCACAGGGUGAUAAAGCAAAACAAAGCAUUAGAGCAAAAUGUACUGAAUACUUGGAUCGAGCAGAAAAGCUGAAAGAAUAUCUGAAAAAGAGAGGAAAAACUGCACCAAAACCAGUUAAAGAGUCUGGUCCUGCUGAAGGAAAAGGGAAUGACAGUGAUGGGGAAGGGGAAUCAGAGGACCCAGAAAAAAAGAAGCUACAGAAUCAACUUCAAGGAGCAAUUGUUAUGGAGCGACCAAAUGUCAAAUGGAGUGAUGUUGCUGGCCUCGAAGGUGCCAAAGAGGCACUUAAAGAAGCAGUCAUCCUUCCCAUUAAAUUUCCACACCUGUUUACAGGCAAGAGAACGCCCUGGAGAGGGAUUCUUCUAUUUGGACCACCAGGAACAGGAAAGUCUUACUUAGCAAAAGCUGUAGCAACAGAAGCAAACAACUCUACCUUCUUCUCAGUAUCUUCAUCUGACCUUGUCUCAAAAUGGUUAGGUGAAAGUGAAAAAUUAGUGAAAAACUUGUUCCAGCUUGCCAGAGAAAACAAACCUUCUAUCAUCUUCAUUGAUGAGAUAGAUUCCCUCUGUGGGUCAAGAAGUGAAAAUGAAAGCGAGGCUGCUAGACGGAUAAAAACAGAAUUUCUAGUCCAGAUGCAAGGGGUUGGUGUUGACAAUGAAGGAAUCUUGGUGUUAGGAGCAACAAACAUACCCUGGGUUUUGGAUUCUGCUAUCAGGAGAAGGUUUGAGAAGCGUAUUUAUAUUCCUUUACCUGAAGACCACGCCAGGGCUGCAAUGUUCAAACUUCACCUUGGGUCAACUCCAAAUGACCUAAAAGACUCAGAUUAUCGAGAGCUUGGGAAGAGAACUGAUGGCUAUUCUGGUGCAGAUAUAAGCAUCAUUGUCCGUGAUGCACUGAUGCAGCCUGUUAGAAAAGUGCAAUCAGCGACUCACUUUAAAAAAGUAAAAGGACCAUCAGUGUCUAAUCCAAAUAUGAUGGUAGAUUUAUACACCCCUUGCUCUCCAGGUGAUCCUGAAGCCUCAGAAAUGACAUGGAUGGAGGUCCCAAGUGAUAAAUUACUGGAGCCUAGAGUUACCAUGGCCGAUAUGCUCAGGUCGCUUGCUAGCACAAAACCAACAGUUAAUGAACAGGACUUGGAGAAGUUAAGGAAGUUUACAGAAGACUUUGGUCAGGAAGGCUAAACCAAAGAUAUGUGUGAAGCAUUAGAACCUUUUUUUUUUUUUUUUUUAAGUAUUCUUGUGUCUUUAUUGAUGGCACUUCAAAUAAAUGCCAAUAAAAUCACCCCUUUCUUACUUUGCAGAAGGAAUAGAAGAUACCUUUGCAAAGACCCUUAAGCUUUUGUAUUGUAUUGUUUUCCUCAGAUGUCUAUUAAAUGUCUUCUAUUGAAAAAUAAUACAAAAAUGCAAUUUUAGGGUGAGACAGCAAAGUGAUGUGGUAAUGUCUAAUAAAUACUAGAAAGCUUUAAAUGACUAGUUCCAUAUUAGGUAGUAUAUUAGACCUGGAUACCAGUGAAUUUUAGUUUUUGACCUUACCUCCCAGUAAGGUCAAAAACCUUUUUAAGGAGUGGGAGAGAACAUAUUUGUCAGGUGUUUUCAGUCAAUCAGCAUAUGUAUUAAUUGCUCUCAUUUCAUUUAGGAAAAUGGCAACAAAAUUUUCUAAUCAAGCAUACUGCGAGUGUGGGUUUGCUGUUAAAGUAAGAAAGAAAACACUGUGAGGAUAAGACUACAUGGGCCAGUACUUUGAUUAAAUAUUGGUGGACCUGUUAUUUGGUGUUUUUUUUCUGCUAUGCUAUGUUAAAAUUUUGCCUUCAACAGCAGGCUUUUGUUUUUAACUCUUUACUAGCUGGUACACACUGUCACUAUGCAAUUUAACAAAAGUUUGUUAAAUGCAAGUAACUCGGAAGGUGUUUUGCUGGCUCUUCUUGGGGGGUUGUUUGGAUUUACUUUAUUUGGUUUUUUUGGUUUUUAAAAUCUGGAUUCUCUUCCUGGUGAAGUUUUGACUGAAGUUAGAAAAAAGCUUUAGAAAUGUCCUCUGAGAUCCCACGUGUUGAGGCUGGCAAGGUAUAUGUAGUCUUUGGAGAAUGUCUGGGAGGUAUUUGGGAAAUAGCAUACUUCACAUGCAAGGAGAUUAGAACAGAUGUUUUAGCCACAGCCUUUUCAGUGAUAAAUUAACCCAGAGCCCCACUGGUAACUGUAGCAUAUAGGUUACAUCAAUUUAGUGCUUGAACUGGGAGAGAAGGCUGGCAGUUUAGUACAGAAGUAGCACUUCCAUUGCUCUUUUUCUGCAGAACUGCAAAUGGAGAUGUGCCUGAAUGUAACUUAAAACACUACAGCAUCAGCAUUGAGUUUGUGCCUUGUAAGUUUGCACUGGCUGUAGAUAUGAAACAUCAUUAGAAUAUCUAGAAUACUCUAUCUUCCAUUAUCAUUGUCCAACUCUAUCCUGCAAAUGUUUUGUUUAACUUGUAUUAAAAGAAAUUUGCACAUUUUAGGUGUGUAUGUUUUAUGUACAUAUGCACAAAUAUGAUCAUCUUUUGAUGGGGUUUGGUUUCUUCUAUGUACAUAUUUUGUCUACUUUAUAAAUCAUAGGAUGGGUGACAUUUUCUGUACUUUAAUGAAGUAAAAUGUUGUAGUACAA